AGCCUUUCUCAAACAGCCACAACAUUUUUAUUAAAUUCUACAAGUAUAUUAAUUUCUAACACAAAUUUAUUCAUUUAAUUAGUAAUCUAUAUUUCUUUGUCAUCGGAGAGUUCAGAUUUGCAUUCAGAAGAAAGGAGGAAUGAGCAUCUAAGCAAAGCCGUAUUUUGGGCAUAAAAAAACGGUUUGAAAUAAUGACAACGUUGUAGUGUAAUCACAGGAUGUAGGAAAACAGAAAAAUCAUGCCAACCGCUACUUUCAUGUCUUUCCAUCUCUCUUUCUCUUUCUCUUCUCUUCCUUUCUGACUCUACAUGCGUGCACGUCAUUCCCGUGGCUACCCUUUUGGUUCUCGGAAACUCGUUUUGCUCAGCCGUGGCCACCAUGAACGAUGAACGAGAACCAACAGCUUCCUCGAGAGAAUUUUAUGUUGGCAGCAAUGGCGUCCCAAAGACAGAAAGAAAACAAGUAGUUGAAAGGGAUAAAUCUAUUUUUAGAGGCAGGCGUCCACGAACUGGGUUUUCUGAUUCAUUCUCAAGUAUUGAAUUGGAAGCAUUAGACAAUGAAGAGGGAGGAGCACCUGAGCACUCUCCUAGGAGUCAAGGGUCUGAAACCCCAAGUUCAAGGACCAGCACUUCAGAUUCGGAGGGUCAGGGGUCUUUAGUAGGCAAUUCACCUAAUGCUAAUAAUCAAUGGCGUGGUUUCUUCAAGUUACUGAAGAAAGGAUCCCAAAUGCCUUUCCAAACUUUUCAUCCACUUAAAAAUGUUCCAAAACUCACAAGAAGAAAAAGCAAGAGAAUCAGGGAGGACAUGUGUCCAUCUUUGAAUUCUCCAGCUCUUCGCUCAUCUUUUGACAGUGAGUUUGGCUACUUAAAAUCUUCAUGGAAAAACUUCACUCUCGCAGAGAUCUUGACUGCAACAAACGACUUUAGCGAAGCUAAUUUGAUUGGGGAGGGAGGCUAUGCGGAGGUUUAUUUAGGAAAAUUGGAAGAUGGAAACUUUGUUGCCAUUAAACGGUUGACAAGAGGGAACCAAGAAGAAAUGACCGCAGAUUUCUUGUCUGAGCUUGGCAUUAUAGUGCAUGUGGAUCAUCCCAAUAUAGCUAGAUUGAUCGGAUAUGGUGUUGAAGGAGGAAUGUUUCUUGUUCUUCAAUUGUCUCCACAUGGUAGCUUGUCAUCUAUACUUUAUGGACCUAGAGAGAAGCUGAAUUGGAGCCUCAGAUAUAAGAUUAUUCUGGGGACUGCUGAGGGACUCCGCUAUCUGCAUGAGGGUUGUCAAAGAAGGAUCAUUCACAAAGACAUUAAGGCUUCUAAUAUUUUGCUCUCAGAGGAUUUUGAGCCACAGAUAUCUGAUUUUGGGCUUGCAAAGUGGUUACCUGACCAAUGGACUCAUCAUACUGUCUCCAAAGUGGAAGGCACAUUCGGCUACCUUCCUCCUGAAUUCUUCAUGCAUGGUAUAGUAGAUGAAAAAACAGAUGUGUAUGCUUAUGGUGUGCUAUUAUUGGAGCUCAUUACUGGUCGACAAGCUUUGGAUAGCUCACAGAGAAGUCUGGUGAUGUGGGCAAAACCUCUGCUAUCUGCAAAUAAUAUCAAAGCCCUAGUAGAUCCAGUUUUGGCUGAUGCUUACAAUGAAGAGCAGAUGGAACUUGUAACCUUAACAGCUUCUCUAUGUGUAGACCAGUCUUCGAUUCAGCGACCAGAUAUGAGUCAGGUGUUGGAGAUACUAAGAGGGGAAGAAGAUAUCCUGAGAAUCAUGAAAGAACGGACCAAGGUAAAACUUCAGAGGACAUACUCUGAAGAACUGUUUGAUGCAGAAGAGUACAACUCAACCAAGUUUUUGAAUGAGAGGGAUCGACAUAUGGAGACUAUUCUAGGCUCAGUUACAGAUGAAUGAGAUAAAGUCUAGUAUAUAUGGCCUGUACUUGAGAUAGUGAGUGUACAUGAAACUUGAGAGUUGAAACUGUAGAGCUGAGAUUUAUUUUCAGAACAUGAAAACUGAUUCUGACUCUACAAGAGGAUUCAGAGCUGGCGGGACAUUGUUGUUGAAAGGGUUAACAAAGACAGAAAGAAAGGUAGUGGCAGAACCUCGUGUGAUUAUGUACCAUGAUGUUUGUCAAUAGUUUAUUUAGCUGAAAUGAUGGUGAAAUUGCGGUAUGAUUUGUGAAGCCAAAUUCAAUCUUCAGGAUGGUUGUUUUCCAUUUUAUCCACACACAUUCAAUGAUCAUCAGCAAUUGGAAAUACCAUUUUCAGCAAAUUCUUUUAUUUUCUAUUGUAACCAUAAGCAGAUUGUCCGACAAAUUUUCUUUAAUUUCUUCCAUUUGUGCUAAGUGAGUUUUAUGUCUCACCUCAAGUGUUGCCUUGCCACUGGGACUUGGAUUCGGAUGUAAAUUGUUAGCUUUU